CUAGUAGGUCGAGGUCGAUUUAAAGGUCGUCAGAUAUGGACUUCGAGGGAUUAAAUUCUCAGCUCCAGAAAGACGGUUACGCUGUCAUUCCAAAUUUCCUUGACGACACCGAUAUAUCAGCACUACGUCAUGAAUGCAGCAACAUCAUCAAUGACAUGGACCCAGCACAGCACCACACCAUCUUCUCUACCACAGAACAGACAAAUGAUGACUAUUUCAUGACAAGUGGUGAUAAAAUUCGAUUUUUCUUCGAGAAGGGAGCACUUGAUAAAGAAGGGGUGCUGCAAGUGGACAAGCAGCACUCAGUCAACAAAAUAGGCCAUGCUCUCCAUAUUCUGAACCCGGUGUUCAGACGGGUCACCUUCAGCGAUAGAAUGAAGGAUGUGUUGCGGGCUGUUGGGAUGGUGGAGCCCACCGUGUGUCAGAGCAUGUACAUAUUCAAGCAACCUGGCAUCGGAGGUGAAGUGGUGCCGCACCAGGACUCCACGUUCCUGUACACGGACCCCAUGAAGCUGGUGGGGGUCUGGAUAGCGCUGGAAGAUGCCACACUGGACAAUGGAUGUCUGUGGUUCAUCCCUGGAUCUCACAAAGAUGGCGUUGCUGGCAACAGACGUAUGAUCAUCAACCCAGAGCGGGGUCCAGGAAAACCAGGCACCAUGUUUACAGGAGAAGUCGUCAAAUUUGAUGACAAGAAAUUUGUACCAGCUGAAGUUAAGAAAGGGUCGCUGGUGUUGAUCCAUGGCGAGGUGGUUCACAAGAGCGAGCAGAACUUGUCUUCACGAUCCCGGCACGUGUACACGUUCCAUGUGUACGACCAGCACAACACAGAAUACAGCACACAGAACUGGUUACAGCCAACAGAUGCCGAAACAUUCUCUCCAGUCUACACGACCACACAAUAGCAGGGGAGACAACUCACUGCAGAUGUGAUGCCACAUUCAGGAGACGUCCAAUCAUCCAGCAUCUCGUCUUAUGCGAUAUUUGCACGAUUACUGCAUAAUAGAAUAAGAUCAUGCACAGAUUUUUUCUCCUAAUUUUAUAAAUACAAAAUAUAUAUGUGGAUAAGAAAUACCAUAUUUUCUUGAAUAUGGUGCAUCCAUCCCUAGCAGAUUCAGUAUUUUGGAGAAUUUUUUUUUUUGAAUAUUAUACGCAGAAAGAAAUUACACCAUACCCAUUCAGCGAAUUCCAGUAAACGAAGGGGUGAUAAGAAACUUGGUCAGUACAAAUUUGUAAUUUGAGAUGAAAAAUCACCAGACAUGUUGAUUUACCAUUUCAAUUGUAUUUUUUGUUCUGCUAGGCAUUGUUUUACAUAUAGGGUUAAGGUUUCCUUGUGUAUUUUCUCGUAAACUAAGCUGGAAACAGCAAUCAGCUGUACACACGUUUCCUUGGAAUCUACUGGUGAUUCGGUUAAAGGUUACCCAGUGAUAUAACUUUGAAGGAUUUUGAUCAGGAAGAUGCACACGGAAUUGUUAACAAUGAUUGAAUUUAAACAGUUUGUUACUCAAGUACAGACAUAUUAAAUUUUAAGAUCUGUUUAGGGUGAAAUAUCAAUUCACUGCUGUCAUUAAUUCGUCAUGCUGAAUUCAUUACAGAAUUGUUUUUAAUAUGAUGAUAACAUUGAUAACAGCCAUGGGUGUUACAUAUAGAAUCUCACCCGAGUGUGUUGAUAUCAUAUAUAUCAACACAGGUGGAUUAAAGGAGUAAAGCGGAGUCUUGUCAAGAAUGUCUCCACUUUUAUCAACAAUCAUUCCUGUGGCAAGGAUGUUCUUCGCUACCUUGCUCACUUUUUAUGAAUGCAACGGUGAUUAUUGUAUGGCAGGAGUAUUGGAAAAUAAAAGUUUUAACAUUACAA